UCUGAAAAUGAGCAACAGUCUUAAUUGUGCAUUGUUCAAGCCAAGUACACAGCAGCAGCAGAAACAGUAGCAACACCAGAAGCAGUGUAGAACUUUUGGAAUUGUUCUUGUGGUUUAGGAUUCUGCGGUCACGGAACGAGAAUGAAAGUGUUUGUAGUGUUAAGUGUGCUGGCGGUGGUCGUAUCGGCUCGUCCUGAGCCUCCAGCUGGCGGUGGCUACCCGUCCUACGCGCCGCCGUCGUUUAGCUCGGCCGGCGAUCUCGGAUCGUAUUCUGGUGGUCAGUCCCAAGGAGGAGGCGGUGGUUACAACUACCAGCCCGCGACUCAGAUCGUCCAGAAGCACAUCUACGUGCACAUACCGCCCCCAGAGAAGGAGGAACCCAGCUAUCCCCGGGUGGUGCAAUCCGGAGCACCCCAGAAGCACUACAAGAUCAUCUUCAUCAAGGCCCCGACGCCUCCACAGCCGAAGGCGCCGAUAAUCCCACCUCCACCACAGAACGAAGAGAAGACCCUGGUCUACGUGUUGCACAAGAAGCCGGAAGAGCCGGAGGAGAUCGUCCUGCCGUCGGCACCACCGACCAAGCCCAGCAAACCGGAAGUCUACUUCAUCAAGUACAAGACCCAGAAGGAAAAGAAACCCGAAUACGGACCACCCAAGCAAGAAUACGGAUCCCCAUCCGGUGGAUCCGGUCCAUACUAGGCGACAGUCUGUGGUGGCUUGUGGCAACCUGUCUGUUGAUAGCGGGGCUGCCACACAAAUGACGUACCGCUACUGCAAGUCCGAUCUGGUGCGAAUGUGCGAGCGAGAGAGCUAGAUUAAAUCCAAUUCCUUGUUUCGUUUCGUUAUUAGCCUGUAGGGAAAUGAAUACUGAAUCGAAGCUGCGGACGUUUUGGUUUCAGCAAAACCGUCUCGCAGUUUCCGCGCUUCUACUUAUGUUGUAUAUAGGACUCUGCGACUCCUAUGCAAAAGCAUCUGUCCUUAGCGAGCCAUAGUCGAAUCAUCUUAAUAUGUUAUUUAUUACGUUAUAACAAACAAAAACGCAUAUCUAGUUGAAGUAAAAAAACUAACGGUGACAAAUUUACGAA